AGAUUGCUUAAAUUGACGUCAUUUUUUGUUUUUCUUCUUCUGAGCGAGUCGUUCCCAGCGACCCGCAUCGCCAUGAUCAUCAGAUUGUUGAAAAGUACAAGUGUUGGAAAAGAUGUAACCGUUCAUUAAAAGGACUUUGACCGUGGCACACCAUCUGGAUUCUAGCUGGCCAUCUUGCGUCGGGCCAUCAUCCGCGAGUAGUUAAAAGAGUCCCUUUUAAUGCCCAUCAUGUUUCAACACGAGAGAAAAUGGCUGUUACACUUUACUUGACUAGCUUCGCAACUGUUCCGUCCGACGUCCACUCUCACGUCCACCAGAUUCACCCUUUCAAUGGACUCGUUUAAUAUCUUCGUGUUGUCGAACAACAUCCCCCGUGAUGACGUGCAAGAGCUUUAGCGAAAAGGUGCCAAACAUGGAGAAAACUCGUAACACGUAAUACGCCAGCUUUACCGCCAGAAGACCGUCAAGUCGAGUAUCAUUUUAAAUGGUUUAUUUUUUUCCGUCCUUUCUUAAAACACCGUUACUGAAGAGAAACAAGGCCGAGUCUUUGAGGAUUUUAAAGAUCAAAUUUAGUACAUGUUGAUGCUGCUGCCAGCGGAUGAAAGUGCACAGCGCGACACGGUCACUUAACCGGAAAAACUCAUCUGCCGACAACUUUCUAAACGAUUUGCGCCGGGCAACAAAUUAUUCGUCAAUUAUUUUUUCCGAGAGUUUUCCAGCUUUUGAUGUCGUUAUCACCGUGAUAUGAUAUCAAGUGUUAAUUUGAUGCAGUCAAGAGAUCGAGGACAUGGGCGAACAGAAGGCUCAGUGGCUCACAGCAGCAGAUGGAGAUAAACAUCGAUCGCGUCUUUUCCGCCUUUUUUAAAUUUUAUUUUUCAAAAUGAAACACGAAAUUUUUUAAUAACCUCUUGCGUCACACCGUCAUUUCUCCCGAUGUGAUAUACAGCCCAAUUUAUUUUAUAUCACACCUUUCCAAAAGAGACUCUGGGUGUAAGCAUAGAGCCGUAUGUUUUCAUCCGAAUUCCACCAUAAAAAGGAAAAGACUAAUAAUAAUAAAAAGGCAAAAAACAAAAUAUCUCGAUUAUUACAGGUAUGUGUAUACAGUACGCCAUUAGGAGGUGUCUGGUAGGCAGCGGGAAAACAGUUGAUAGCCAAUCGGGAAUAUUUAGGGCUUAAGUGUCUUGAAGUUGGGGGAAGAGAAAAAGUGCUUCUGUGUGUCUGACAUUAUUACAGUACGUGGGACGUACGGAUCAUUUCUUUUUUCGAAUAAUAAUCUGGCCAAGUUCCCUCCCAACUUCACACACGAGCGGCGCUUUUGAUUUUUUCGUUCCGUUUUCCGCUGGCCGAGAAGAGCCGGACGGUAAAUAGUGCAGUCGUUAAUGGCGACUACUACAAGAUAGUGUGGAAUCGGUUGGUUAGUUACGCCCACUCGUAAAAUGAUGGCCGCCUCAACGACUGUGACUUCAGACGGGUUUUUUUUUACGUCACUUUAAACUCAUUUUAUGUGCACGUACUCUGUGCGUUCCCCCCAGGUCCAAUCUGAACGAUCAAUGAAAGGCAAAGUUAAACUAACCGAAUGCGCAUAUAGUGUCCAGUUACCAGUCCCCCAAAAAGAAACCAAACAAACAUGGCAGCCAACAAUAGAAGCCUUGGAAAUGGAUAUUGGUGUUGUUACAUCAUUCCCGGUCACGUCUGAUUGGCCGCGAAUGAAAUCUGGAAGCCUCGGAUUCUUUUUGGGUUGCUCGUUUAAUACGCUUGUCACCAUGGAACCUAUAGCUGAGGAGUAUAAUGUGAUAUGUGUGAAUUAUAAUAUCCACGUGAGAGAGUUGUUUCUCAUUGACCCAGAUUGUUUUUCGUUUUCCAUCUUGUGUAGCAACGAAAGGGAAAACCUCUCCGUCCGUAAUGUGAUUCGUCAGCAGAGGGGGGAGAAGAAAAAGAGAAAGAAAAAGAUGACGACCACAUUAUUUCGGGUCCAUUCUGCAAUCCGUCGCGGUUUUCUUGGGUUUCAGUGGGAGGAAGAGGCGGGAGGGUUGUGUUGAAAUGCGACAGCUCUAAAGAUAAAUGAUGAGCGCGCAUCAUUUUCGGGGGCGGUCAAGGUGGGCGAGCGUGUCGGUAAUAUUUCUUGUACGCCGGUUUAAAUGUUACACGCAUCGCGUCGUAUAUCCAUGCGGACAUAAUCACCCGGCUCCCGAACGACAACUUAAAAAAGAUAAAAAGGCCCGUCGUUCAUGUCCUGCGUAAUAAGUCUUCUUAUGUCUGUGCUCUUCCAACUUGAUGGGCUGAUACUGUUACCCCUUUUGUUGGCCGAGAAGAAAUAAUGUAACGCUCGUCUCGUCACGCAAUUUUGACACGAAACUGGCAAGACCAGCAGCUGUGGCCACCUUCAUCUUUUUUCGUUGGGUGUUCGGGACGAGUACGUAGGCAAAAAAGAGACGAGAUGUAGGAAACUAUUACCGGCUGCUGGAACCGCUUGACGCACUCUUCCUUCCAGCAGCUACACUAGUUAUAGAGUAUAGUACACUCGGCAGGUUCAUUUGCAUUCACAGUUGUCGUUCAUUGUUUUGAAACUUUUUAUUUUUCUCUUCUUUCGUUUAUUUCUUCUUUUGUCUUUUGAUCUGGCUGUUGGCUGUUGCAUCUUGUGCCUUCUGUUGGAAGACACGAAAUCAUCCAAGCUGCUGUUUUGGAGGGAUUCACGGUCGGUCGGACGUCUCUCCUUUACGCGCCGGUUGUGUGGGAGCGACGUCUGUGCACCUUCCGUUUGUUGUGGAAAAAGAAACAAAACACAACCGGUUCUCCUCUGUCUUUUUUUUUCUUCCGCUGACAGAUUGAACCUCCUCCCCCAAAACAACAAAAAAAGAAGUCUGUAGAAUCAAAUUGUCGAAUAAGAAAGAAAGAAAAGGAAAAAUAAAAUAAAAGGCGACCAACUGUCGUUUGGCUCAGCUCCGGUCGCAGAUGGGCAACGAUGUAGUAUUGUAGGGAGAUUAUUCCGGCCAGCAGCGGAGACGAUUUGGAUUUUAUCGCGAUGGGAAUCGGCCAAGAUGGAAUCGUAUACAAUGUGUAAGGCCACAAAAGAAAAAAAAACAAGAACGUAAAAAAAAGAUCACUCUCGGGAAAAGGCAUUUGGUUUUCUGUUGUAAUUUUUUUUAUUUUAUUCUUGUGGAAAAAAAAAACGAUGUGAAAUUGUCAUCUGGCAUCUUGUUGAGAGACGCGCUCUGCAGCUCUCUACAUUGUGUCUAGUUAUCGAAACACACGCCUUGGUGCGGAUGUGUGGCGGAUGUGAUACCGAGGAGUGGGAGGAGGAUCGGAAUGUUGUUGCCGGAGAAAACCGACGUGACACAGUCUCCGUCCAAUUCGGGUCGAAGUCGAAAAGGAAAAGUUUAAUUAGAGCGCCGAUGGAGAGUGAACGCGCCCAGCAGCGCACGAACCUUAAUUCCGGCUACGUAUAGUACAUUUUGCAAUUCAGCCCGAUCAGCUUUCUUUCACCCAAUUGUUCUUCGUCAAGUGCACCUAUACAAUUGCAGUGUAGUCUACCGUAUUUAUUUGGAUCCGAGGAGAGAAAAAGAAACGGACACACACACAGAGAGAAAUAAAGCUAAGGCUCUCUACUAUUUUUUCUUUUUUUUGUUCGUUUCGUUUCUUUUGGGAACAAUUGAAUGUUGACGACGAUGACGGCCAAGCCAUAUGGUGUGGGCUCCACGCUUUGAAAAUGAGAAGAAACAGCCAUACAGACCAAUUGUGCGUGUUGGCUGAACGGUGAACAAGACAUUGCCGACCGCGAUUUCACUUCUGCCGAGCAUAUAAUCCUAUAUAAGGGACUAAACAGCCAAACGUUUUGCGGCCGUCUUAGUAUAACCUGGGCCCCCAAUAGAAUCUCGGGCACACACUUUCCCUUCACGCCGACUGUAUGGGCGACACACACACAACGGCUGUGCGGCCAAAAGAAAAAAGUCUGAAACUUUCUUAAUGAUAGGCUCGAAUAGUGCAAGUCCCGGUCGUGCCAACAACAACUCACGGCUGCGGUUCUUCCCUAUAUACACGAAAGAAAGAAAAUGAUUUCGGUUGUAACCGGCGGCGGCGGCGUGCCAUGUGCUCGACGAAAGAACCGAGGAAAUGAGAAACAACAGCAGACAACACAAGCUAUAGUUGUUAACUUAUUUAAGUAGAUAUUGUGUGGAGUUAUAUAUUUUUUUCUUUCGGGCCGUUUUUCGCAUUGACAAAGUCCGUCCUUGACGCCUCGGCUCUAUCGCAACAAUUCCCACAUCUGUCCGCUGGGGAAGUUCUUAUUUUUAUCUGUUCCAAGUAGAACGAGUUCACUUUUGUUUCCAUUUGAGUGUAUCUCUUCUUCUUCUUUUUCUUUCUUUCUGACAUUUCUAUUCUGCCGACUGUUGGCCGUACGCUAAUGUCGCGGUGGUGGUGGCCGAAUGGACCGGCCACAUGGCCCGCGCUCCCGUCGCAGCAUCUGCUGUUUUCCCAAGGCUCUUCUCGUUCACCUCUCGUCCCAUUACGCGUGUGUGUAUAUGAUUGUACACUCUAAUGAUCGUAUAAUUCGUCCACAAGAAUACUAUGUUGUCUUGUUUUUGUGUUGUUUCGUUUCUAUUUAACGACACCGGGGUCUAUUGCUGGAGGCCGGCCGCUGAAAAACAGCUCAGAGUUGUACCUCGUUCUCUAUCUCUCGCCCACCACUGACACGGUUUUUUUUUCCUCUUCGUUUAUCUCUUAUUGGCUUUAUUAUAACGUAUGUCCUGUCUCUUUUUUUUAGAGGGGGGGGGGGAGGCCUGUUAUCUGGUCGGUCGUUUUCCAAGCGAAUCGCCGAAAUAAUUAAGAGUUUGGGUGUCUCUUUUUUCUUUUAUUUGACGUUUUUCUUUUAUCUAUUUUUUUUUCUCCCCUUUUCUUUUAUUGACUUUGUUUCCAGUUGUUUUUUGAAUUUCUUGCUCUUUCCGAUUCGGACGAGAGCGUCCGGCUGCUAGACUGCUGACAGCAACAGACGGCCAACCGAGCGCUUUGGCCGUCGGGCUGUGGCCGGUCAUCACCACGGUGUGUUGUUUGUCCAUAGUCUAGAUGCGAUUGCGCACCGCAUUGAGAAUGCCAGAGCCAGAGAGUUGGCAGCAGCCGUUGUAUUCGGAAAAAGAUGUUGGAGGGUUGCUGGAGGACAGAGCAGCAGCAGCAGCACAUAGAACAGGUGGUCACUUUCACUCAGACGUCAGAGCGUCACGAGGUCUUUUAUUUCUCAGAGGCGAAGAGAAUGCCAUUGCCAUCCGGACGGGUUCGUCAUGGACGGAACAGAUGUAGACUGGUGUAUAGUAUCACUAUGGGGGCAGCAGCAGCAGCAUUCAUUUGAUAGCAACAGGUAAAAAAAAAAAGAAAAACGUCAAGAAUUCACGGUGCACAAGAUGGGAAAGAUCAAAAGAGAGUCGUCACUUGUUCAACGGGUUCUCUCGUCAAGCCUUUCGGGGGUCUAAAUAAACGGCGAUCAAGCGAAAAGACUCUCGAGUUAGCUCCACUCUUCUGAUGGCCGUGGACCACAAGAAGAAGAAAAAAGGAAAAGGUGAUGAGUGACGGUUUUUAAACGGAGAAAAAAUGAAGUAUCAAAGAAAACGGGCUCUUCCGCCUUUAGUAUUAUUGCACGUUGGUCGCCGAGCGAAGCCGUUUGUCAUUCUCCGCUCGAUGGCCACCCAUUGAACUGUUGGAAUACCCGGGAAUACCCAAUGGCACAUAGCAGAUAAUAGGAGAAAAAAAAGAGCAUAUCUAUAGACUAAUUCUACAUUUUUUUUUUCUUCUUCUUUUUCUUCUUUACUCGGGGAUAUGCGCGAGAUGUAAUUGUACAAAGAGGACCCGGGAGCGCCCAGCGUGAAACCUCCUCGGCCAACUCGCCCGGAAUUCUACGUGUAAAUCAUCCAGGUGGUUAAAGACAGACACACACACAUGGGCGAGGAGAGAGAGAGAAGCGCGCGGACACACGUCGUCCGCCGUGUGAGCUUGUGUGUAUAUAUAUAUACGUGUAGACUCUGGCUGCUGGCCCCAUAUCCCCGCCUGUGUGUGUGUGUGUGUGUCUAUGCAGUCCGUAGAGAGGUGCACAGGUGCUUGAUGUUAAUGUUUUCUUACAAUUAAGUACUUCUCUGGGACCCCCCUCCAUCUCUCUAUUGGAAAGAUAUAGUAGCGUGUGUAUACGGACGAUAAUAUAGUACACGCAUGCGAGGCGACGCUUCACGUUCGUGUGGCGGGAUAACAUUUUUUUUUUUUUUUCUUGCGGCCGCGAAUCCUUCCGCUUUUGUUAGACGCUCCGUGAUGAAUUGUGUGUGUGUUACACACGUACCACCCGUUACGCCAGCCCGCCGCCGGUGGACAUAUCGUGAACUGGUCUACUUGUUCUUGAUUGCUGCAAUUGCUAGUUAGCAUUCACGGCGAAGAGCUGCUGCUGCUUCUGCUGUUGCUGCUGCAGAUGAUGGAAGUAGACAAAUCUCUCUAGUCCCAAUAUAAUUGAAUCUGUCUUUCUCUCUUUUGCUCUCUUCUGUCCGAGCAACACAGCACAGCACACGGCUGUUUUGAUUAGACAAAACGGCCAACAGCCGGUGCUGGGCCUCGAGGUGGGCCAACUCUUUUUCUUUUUUUGAGACUAUUCUGUAGGGCAUUACGGUAGAUUGGAUUGUCAUCGCUUUUUUUUCUCUCUUUUUCUUUCUCUCUCCUGUUUCGUUUGGAAAUGAAACGACUGCGAUACCUAUACACUCUCUUACUCGAGGCAACGGUUGAGAAGUUGUAUAAUUGAACAACAACAACAGUCGCCAACAACAAAAGGGGAAUAACUGCAAGGAGAAGCAGCCAGCGACCAUCUGUCCCGCGUCCGAAACGACGGCAACACUCUACGGCUUGGCUGGCCCCCGUGGUAGAUUUCGACAUCAUCACGGCCGAGUUCUCAACACCUUGUUGGACUCCUCCGCCGUCUCUCUCUAGACCCCCAACGUAAUUUUCAAUCCAAUCUGCGGUCGAUGGCGAUCGAGUCCACCCUGAUUUUUUUCUUUUUUGGGAGAAUUUAAUUUCUCAUUUUGUUCGCCGUUCCUUUUUUUAUUGUCCGGAUUUUUUUUUCUUUCGUGACUCAACAGCAGAAUGAUCGGCUGUUGGAUGAACAGUUGGCGCAGCUCAGAAAAUGUAGGCAAUCGAAUGACGAGGUAAAUAGGAGACGACCGCUCGAUGUGUAUAGACUAGAGUCAAACAGUUGGGCCAGCAUUUGGACAAUUACGUAAGGAGCAGCCGGUUAUUCUUUUUUUUUUUUUUCCUUUUCUUCCCUGGACGAGAGAGAACGUGAACGAAUUGAUGGAUUUUUCUCGUGUGUGUCUGCAUUUGAAAUUGUUUGAGAAGGUUCUCAGGCUUUUUUUCUUCUUCGGGGGGCCGGCCGGAGAAGCCGAAGAAUGAGUUCCGUCUCUCCUCUAUUAUCCCGCGCCAGUUGCUUCUUCUUCUUCUUAGAGACUGGCCCAUUUGAUCGCGCAUUAUAAAAAGCGGUCGUGUUCAAGCUGACGUGUUACUUCAAAGAGCGUAAUGUGAUGGGCAUCUUCUCCCGAGGCCAAAAAGACUGGCCAACCGGCCUAUACACACAUCCGUUCGCACCUGACGAACUUUUAAGUCCGGCACGUACUCACAGCACGAAUUUUGUUUUUCUUAUUUCUUUUUUUUUCGGGGAAUUUGUUAAUCGUCGUUGCAUGAAGGCAAAAGCAAAUAAACUGUUAUUGUACGGCGUACCGAAUAAACCCAAUAAUCCGCUGACUAUAACUAAUAGAUUAGGAAACAAUCCUCCCCCUUUUAAAAAAACCCAUCGGCCGUUGAUAAUAACAAGUCGAGUUUUGUUAGUUGACACUCGAGAAAGAGAUGUUAAUUUGAAUUUCCUGUACAAACAGACAAGAGCGAAUUCUGAGAGUUAAUUUCCCGAUAAAGAUGACGGCUGUCCAGUGUGGAGAAUGUGAGGGGUUCAUGCUGUUAUGUUUGUGUGGGUAAAGGGAAAUGCCAUAAAGCAUUUCAAAGUGUUCAGAAAAAGAAAAAAAGAAAAACGAUGGGUGGGUGUAUCUCUAAGCCUAUAGAAUGUGCAUUGCUCGUGGGGGGGAGAGAGAGAGCCCAGAAGGAGGGAACAACAACACAUGCAGUCGAGAAGGAGGCGAGGCCAGCAGAUAAAGCCAAACCGAUUGCGGGAAACCUGUUGCCCGUCAGUUGGUACCGAGCCUUCGUUCCGUUCGCAUCGUCCUCCUCCUUAACAGUGUGUCGUCUCCUCUUCUCCGCAUAAAAUUCCGGCCGGAAAAAAAAUUUUGGUUAUUUUUUUCGAACGCACUUUCGACACUUUUGUUUGGGUUUAAAAAAAUGUCUUGCGCCGAGUCAUCCGACGGUGAAAGAACCGUGUCACCGACAGCUGCCGCCACCGUCCGUGAGCGUCGGCGAUUGCGCCUGUUGAAGCGCAGGUGGAAUCAAGGUGCGGCAAUCAGCAACAACAACAACCACUCACUCAACAGUUACAACAACAACAACAGCAACGGCGGGAUGGUGUUGAGCUUCUCGGCCUUCCGGCGGGCGCGCAGGAUGCGCCACCAGAGACGGAUGACCAAGGAAGAAUACCUCAGACUCAAGAACAUGGUGCCGGCCGUCGCCGCCCAAUCACGCGUCUCAAAGGUGCAGGUGAUCGAAGAGGCCAUCAAAUACAUCGAUUCUCUCCAUGUGGCUCUUUUUCAACGACUCAGGGCCCAGGAAUUGGCCACCACCUCCGACGCCGACACCGUAUCCAGUAGGGGUCCAGCACAGGUGACGAGGAACGAAUCGGAUCUUCAACCUGAGCCGAGCCAGCUGUGCCACUGGAUCGGUCACGUUCUGCCGACGCCUCACGCUAUAAAAACGGCCCACCUUCUGGUGAGCGAACGGCAACAGCAGCAGCAGCGGGACGGCAUCAAACAGUGGCCGUCUUUCAUGGAAAAAAUCGACCACAUGAUCAGGAAGAAACAGAGUUGAAAUCGCACUGCCCGCCGAAAGAAAGAAACUUUUCUGACUACAAAUUCAAACUGCUGACUGCAUUUUUACCAUCAUUUAGGCUGAUUUUUAGACGAUGAAACAAAUUGAAAAUAGGGCAACAAAUAAAUAACUAUGUGCACACCGGAAGCUGAUGGCGAAAACAUUGACAGUGGAAUGCUACAGCAGUGGAACGCCAAUCCGAACGGGAUCAUUUUGGUCACGCCUCAUAUUAAUGUGUGUUGUAUAACUAUGGUUUUUCUAAUAACAUUUGUAAUAGCAAUAAAAACAGUGUCAAUUUUCA